AAUGAAACUGGUAUUGAAAAGGAAGAAAGUAAUGGAAUUGAAGCUGAAAAAGCUAGGCGAAUAGGAGUUGAAAAGGAUGGCAAUGAUAACAACGACAAUGAUAAAAUAUGGAAUGAUGACGAUAGAACUGAGAUCGAAGAGGAUAGAAACCAAGAAAUUAGAGUUAAAAUAGCUGAACAUAUUGGAGAGGAAAAAGACAAUGUAUCUGUAAGCCUUGAAGAAGCCAACGAUGCUGAUAAUGACAAUGAUAAUGAUGACAUUGAUGACAGAAAGACAAUAGUUGCUAAAGAAGAAACUGGAAAUUGGAAGAAAAUUGAAAGACUAAAAUCAUUAGAUUUCAGAAGUCUUGAAGAUUUUGAUGAAACUCAUCUGAAAUUAUGUGUCCAACAACAAAAUGAUGCAAAAAGAAAAGCCAUCAUAAAGAUUUCGAAAUUGGCCCUUAAAGAAAUGGUUAUCAUAUUAGAUAAUAGACCUAAAACAAAAGAAAGAAUAAUGGCAUUAGAG